UCGGGUCGGAAUAGUUUCUCCUGUGGGACCUCUAAGCGCUCUUAAUCCCCUAAAUUAUAAUUAGGCGCGCUCCUUACAUAAUCCGUGAGAUCCGUGAGGUGAAGUUGGGCAGUUUUGCUGGGCUCUCGAGUGUGCUGGAUGGACUCUCCCAGUCACUGACGCGAGUUUCACACCACUUCUCUGGUGGUCGCGAAAUUCCUCACUCCUCGCCAGUGUCUUCCGUGAGUUAGAGGCGCGAAGCAGCCCUAGAGGUCACCCAGUCGCGCGCGCGCGUCUUCCCGGGCUCCAAAGUCCCCCAGAGUUGCCCCCACGAGACAGCCUGCGAGCCAGACAACAUGUCCAAAGUGCACGGCGGUCUGCCCCAGAUGGAGAUGGAGGAUCCCUUCUACGUGAGGCGGAGACCGCCGCCCACGAGCGCCUGGCGGCAAGUCUACAACAGCGAGAAGGGCACGGUUUUGGGGCGCGACGGCACCGCUUGGGUCAAAAUCGGCAUCUUCUACACGAUCUUCUAUGGCGUUCUGGCGGCUCUCGUGGCGAUUUGCAUGUGGGUCUUCUUCCAGACACUCGAUCCUCGCAUACCAAAGUGGAAAAUGGACAAAUCUCUGAUUGGGACAAAUCCAGGUCUGGGCUUCAGGCCGCUGCCGCCCGAGGAGAAUGUGGAGAGCACGCUGAUCUGGUACAAAGGCACCGACUAUGACAACUACAAGCUGUGGACGGAGGCCCUCAAUGACUUCCUGGCAGUGUACAAAACACCCGGUCUCACACCUGGACGCGGCCAGAACAUCUACAACUGCGACUACCAGCGCCCACCGCCUCCCGGCCAGGUCUGCGAUGUGGAGAUCAAGAGCUGGACGCCGUGCACGCAGGAGAACAACUACAACUACCACAAGAGCUCGCCGUGCGUCUUCCUGAAGCUCAACAAGAUCUACGGAUGGAUUCCUGAGUACUUCAAUGACUCUCGCCGACUGCCCGGCGGCAUGCCACAGCAGCUCAGGGACCUCAUCCAGGAGGAGGAGGUCAAGACGCCUCACACCCUGAAUACGAUUUGGGUGUCUUGCGAGGGCGAAAAUCCCGCUGAUAUUGAGAAUGUUGGGCCAGUGCGGUAUUAUCCUCGUCAGGGAUUCCCAGGAUACUUCUAUCCGUACGAAAACUCCGAAGGAUACUUGAGUCCACUCGUUGCUGUGCACUUCGUUCGUCCAGUCCGUGGCAUCAUCAUCAACAUCGAGUGCAAAGCCUGGGCCGCGAAUAUUCAUCACGACCGAAAGGAGAGAAUAGGAUCGGUUCACUUUGAAUUGAUGAUCGAUUAACACCUUCCGUGUUCUGCUGAGAGAAUCUCUUCUUUUUUUCUAAUUUAAAGAAUUUAAAAUAAUUUAAUUACAAAACUGUCGCAACGCGAGAUAGCAUCAAAUCACGAAUCUCCAAAAGUUACACAGAUAAACACAAAAACACACAAGGCAGAAUUAUUAUUAUUAUUAUUAUUAUUUUGUAGUAUUGAUGCCGCGAUUUGAGUUAGGAAUUUAGCUGAGGAAAGUAUAUAAUUGUGACAAAAAAGACAAAAUGUGUAGAAAAAACCCAUUGAAUGUAUAAUUUAAGGAUGACAAUUAGCCAUAUUUUCAAUACUUUCUCCCCCUUUUCCUCCCCUGUUUUCUUUUCCUGCCCUGCAGUAGUGAAGAACACGUGCUAGAUUAUAGCUUUAUCGCCAUGGCAUAUUUGUAGAGUUUACGUUUUUUGGAAGAACUGCUGACAAUUUUAUGAUUUCUGUUGAUUCAACGGUUUUUUCUUACAACCAAUGUGAAAAAAAGACAAUCACGAAGAGAUCUUAGUGAGAAUCUCAAAUGUGCACAGAUUAGAUAUUCCAGAGAUGAAGAAAAAAAUUUAUAAUACUCUGCAAUCCGUCUCUUCUCACCACAUUUUUUUUUGACUAUAUAUUUUGUGUGAACACUUUGUGAAUGAAAAUUCUCUAAAAAAAAAGAACAUUUUUGCGUCCUGGAAUGAUAUUCCUCAAAAGAUUAUAAAUGAGAAAAGAAUCAAUUUCUUUGUAGGAUUUAUGAUAAAAUAAAAUAGAAAAUAACAA